AUGACGUCACUUCCUGCCGGUUCGGAAGAGGCGGAGCCAGGACUUCUCUCCGCCCCGGGUGUCAGGUGGGACGGGGCUAUGGUGCCAGGGGAGGAGCCAGCGCGCGAGCUUAUGGCGGUUCUUUUGACUCCGAGGUUCCGUAGACUUGUCAGUCAGAACGAGCUUCCGGGCCCAGGGCUGAACGGGCCAAGUUCCAGGAACCGUAGAGGUGGCUUCUGCCGGAAAAGGAGGACAGGAUGCUCUGGUCCUUUUCAAGUUACUCAGCUAUGGGAUGGUAUUAUUCACUCUCUUCAGGCCCAAGUGGAAAUAAAAAGAAGGAGGCAUCAUUUACAAACAUACAAAGACUGUUUCACUGGUUCUGAUGCUGUCAAUGUGGUCUUAAGUCAUCUUAUGCAAAACAAGUGCCUAAGUAGCAAUGACAUCUCUCGUCUUAAAGGGGUUCAUCUUUGCCAAGUUCUAAUGAAUCACAAAGUAUUUGAACCAGUAGGAAUGAAGAAGCUUUUCAAAAAAGAAAAGGAAUUGGAAUUUGAAGAUUCCAACAAUAGUCUCUACAGGUUUCUAGGCAAUAAAUCAUCUUACGAUUGUUGCAAAAGACAAAAGGAUACUGAGAACGAGUUCAAUGAAACCUUGAGACCAGGAUAUGAAAUGAUUUCAAAUCCUCUAGCACAGGAGAUUGGUGAGGAAAGAAUUGAGGAAUUUAUUCAUACAAUAAAUGGGAAUCCAGCUUUAUGUCCAAAUAUCACAGUUCAGAAACCUUUUCUCCGGCUUUCAAAAGAAAGAGUUUCCUUCUACACAGCAAUUACAUCAGAUAAGACAGAUGUUUGGAAAGAACAAACAUUAUUAUGUCUUCUUCAAUUGAUUCACCUUCCUUUCUUGGACAAUAUUUUGGAGCCUCCAGUUAAAACACAAAAUCUUCAAUUAAACAAAGAGGAAGAUCUUGUUAUUACUAACACUUGCCUAGACAGAGAACUUAUUCCAAGCUUAUGUCUACCUGAGAUCGAUAACUGGCUUAAUGCAGCAAUUGAAUGCUUGGAGUAUUUCCCUGACCAGUUAAUAGUUACAGUUAGUCAGCAGUUAAUGCAAAACAGAAAUGAAGAGACAAGAUUGAACAGUCAGAAGAAGAUACUCUUUGAUGUCAUAGCAAAAUACUAUGCUCAGAGAGAUUGCCUAUUAACUGAUGAGUAUUUUGAUAUUCAUUCAGGAAUUAUUGAACUUUUAGAAAAUGAGAAAAGAGCAGAAGCACUUGAAGCAAUACAACUAUAUCUAAGAUUGCUGUUGCUGAACAUUAGAGAAGAAUUAUGACGGCUACUUAUUUUUAUGGCAAUGGCAUCAGAGCCCAAUGCCUACAAGUUGCAAAAACAGUAUGAUAAUAAAACAGUGGUCCCGAAAACUCUUGCCAAAUCAGUUUUGCAAGCCAAAUCAUUAUUAAAAGUGCGGGCAGAACAACUGGUCUGGUUUCUACUGGAGUACCACUCUGAGCUCUUCAAGACACCAGUUACUUUAUUGGAUCUGGUUAGUAAGAAACUUAAGAAGCCUCUACAUGGAGAAGAUGCAGAUGCCAUAUCAGUUGGGGAGGAAGUUAAUAUACUUCCAGUGGAAGACCUGAGAGGGUACCUGAAGAGAUACCAGGAAAAUAUUGGAAACAUGCCACCAAGCCCUCUUCGAUAGAAGUCUCCUUAUUUGGAAAGUUGCCAUUUUAAUGUUCAGUGUGAAUCAGGCAGGAAUUUGCUAGUCAUCACUAUGAAUGGUGGAUACUUUGACAAAUGC